UUAAGACAGUACGAUUCCCGCCUAUAUAAGUAUUGCCACCCAACUUCCCUACUCACAAACAUUCUUACACAGUUGGUAUCAUAGUAAAAAUUUGUCGACAAAAAAAAUGGAGAUAGAUCAAAGCAAAAAAACCCAAGAAUCAUCAGAAGAAAAAUGGGUGUACGAUUCUUCUGUGGAUCAUAAAGGAAGAAUUCCUGUCCGAGCUUCGACGGGUGCAUGGAAAGCUUCUCUUUUCAUCAUAGUGAUUGAGUUCAGUGAGAGGCUAAGCUACUUCGGCUUAGCGACAAGCUUGAUCAUAUAUCUAACAAAGGUGCUUCACUACGACAUCAAAACUGCAGCAAAGAGCGUCAACUAUUGGUCCGGCGUCACCACGCUGAUGCCCCUUUUUGGAGGAUUUCUCGCCGAUUCUUACCUCGGCAGAUUCUCUACAGUCCUACUUUCCUCCCUUGUCUAUCUCCUCGGGUUGCUUGUCUUGACAAUGUCGCGAGUAGUCCCGGCUCUGCGGCCUUGCGGCGCGGCGGCGACCUGCUUGGAGCCGCGGCGGAUCCACGAAGUCUUCUUCUUCCUGGCCAUCUACUGCAUCUCGGUGGGCACCGGCGGCCACAAGCCGUCUCUCGAGAGCUUCGGAGCCGAUCAGUUCGACGAGGAUCACCCCAAGGAGCGCCUCAACAAGAUGUCGUUUUUCAACUGGUGGAACUCCGGCCUCUGCUGCGGCCUCCUCCUCGGCGUCACCGUCGUCGUCUACGUCCAAGACCACGUCAGCUGGGCCGCCGCCGACGUCAUCCUCACCGGAGUCAUGGCUUUCUCCAUCCUCGUCUUCUGCGCCGGCCGGCCCCGGUAUCGCUUCAGGAAGCCGGCGGGGAGCCCCCUCACGCCGCUGCUGCAGGUCGCAGUCGCCGCGUUUAAGAAGCGGAACCUCGCUGCUCCGGCUCAGCCGGAGCACCUCCACGAGGUUCCUAAAUCGGACAAGACGCCGCAGGGGCAGCGGCUGCUCUUCCACACGGAUAAGCUCAAGUUCCUCGACAAGGCGGCGAUCGUGGAACCGGAACCGGAGAAGCGGAACCCGUGGCGGCUGGCGACGGUGACGGCGGUGGAGGAGGUGAAGCUGAUGAUCAACAUGAUUCCGAUCUGGUUGACAACUCUACCUUUCGGCAUCUGCGUCGCGCAAAGCUCCACCUUCUUCAUCAAGCAGAGCACCACGCUCGAUCGCCGCAUCGGCACCGGCGGGUUCACGAUCCCGCCGGCGUCGACGUAUGCGCUGGCCGCGAUCGGCAUGAUCGCGGCCGUCGUGGUCUACGACAAGCUCCUCGUGCCCUUCAUGCGGAGGGCGACGGGGAACGAGCGCGGGAUCAACAUCCUGCCGCGGAUCGGGAUCGGGAUGUGCUUGACGGCUCUGUCGAUGGUGGUGGCGGCGCUGGUGGAGAGAAAGCGGCUGGACCGCGGCGGCGCGUCGGCCUCGAUGAGCGUUUUCUGGCUGGCGCCGCAGUUUCUGAUCAUCGGAGCCGGCGACGGAUUCGCCCUUGUCGGAUUGCAAGAGUAUUUCUACGAUCAAGUGCCGGAUUCGAUGAGGAGUCUGGGGAUUGCGCUGUAUCUGAGUGUGAUCGGCGCCGCCAAUUUCCUCAGCAGCCUUCUGAUUACUGUGGUUGAUCACGUGACGGAGAGGAGCGGAAAGAGCUGGUUCGGGAAGGAUCUCAACAGCAGCCGUCUCGACUACUUCUACUACCUGCUCGCAGCCAUCACGGCGGCGAACCUCGCCGUCUAUGCGUUGGUCGUCAGAAGCUACUCUUACAAGAAUGUAAGGAAGACCACGGUCGCUGUUGUUGAUUGCUGCGACGAUAAUCGCGUAUGAUUUCUCGUUUAAGCAGUCUUAUCAACUGAGCUGCGCUUUUAAUGACACGUAAAGUUGUUGGUUGAUUAGUAUUAGAUUGGAUUGUAGGAAUAACGAGGCCUAAGAUGUCUUGUAUGGUAUUUGCUGAUUGGAAAGUUUGGUUUAGUUUUAAAUUAUCAAAUAUUUUUAUUUCUGUGUAUUUUGGAAUAUCGAAAUACAGUACAUGGUGUAAUUUGCAUAUAAAUAUAUAAUACAUGUUUCUUUUUUUUCA